GCUUUCGUUCUAUUCACGGACGGCCGUGGCCAAGUACCCUGGUUUACACUUUCAGGUUCAUAUAGAAACAGUUGAGAUGGUAACUCUAAAUCAAGGGGCAUGGCGGGGCCUGCGUCUUACACUGCAAAUCAAGGUUUUCGUGAACAGGGAAGAUGGAUAAUUUCAUGGAUGGUAAUGGAGAAACUGUAUUUCUCCAGGUAAAUUAGGGCUUUUGUGAACAUAGGAAAUCGAUGGAUAUGGGCGAGGUCAUGGUAGACUGGUUUUCUGGUGCUUUGUAAUUGCGAAUUUAGGUUUUUAAGAGAAGAGAAGAUGGCGACCAGGGCUAGGUCAUGGAGGACUGCGUUUCUUACUCUGAGGGACGAGAUGCUUACGUCUCCUGCUCCUGCAACUGUUUUAUUGCUCCUUCGAGACCUUCUCUCUCAAGCCAAAUCCAUAUCGCCUGCAGCUCCACAUCUUCCUUCCCAUGAAGUGGCAUCAGAUGUGAUGCUACUCGUGCAAUUGUUGGGUAGCCUACCAAAGAGUGUGGAAGCAUCUGAUGUGUUUAUUGAUAUCUGCCAUUUGAUCUAUGAUAUUAGCUGUCGAGUUCGUCUUGACUUGCACUCAACUUCUCAAAUUGCUAUGAUGAACUUUCUUGGAAGCGUUCUGGAGCAUUUUUGCUGCGAAGAUGAAGUGAAGAGAGACUGCAUUGGCGAUUCUGGUAUCAAGAAAAAAACAAUGAUGGAGACUUUGCAGAUUCUUGGUCAUAUUGCCAGUGAGAACGGUGGGAAGUUUUCAGAGCUUGAGAAUGCACAGAUGGUCAAGCUUCUUCUCCACAUAAUUUCGAUGUCUCAUGCUGAGCUCUUUCUUAUAUCUCGUUCAAGUAAUGACUGGGGUUGUGCUAGAGAUUUUGGAUACAAAGUACGUCGAUCUGAAACUUUAUGGGAUGUUCGGUCCUUGGCUUUAGUUAUGAUGGGAGAUGCAUUUUCUAGGAUUGGAGCUACAAUUUCAGCAGAUAUAUGGCAAUCCACAUUGGAGGUCUUGAGGAAAAUUAUGGAUGUGCUGGCAUCAAAGUCGGUGCUUGUAGUUGAUAGUGUAUUGUCCAGGUACUAUACCUCUCUUCUCCAUUGCUUGCAUUUGGUGCUUUCAGAUUCAAGAGGUUCUUUAACAGAGCAUGUGGCUGGUUUGAUGGCAUCACUGAAAAUGUUUUUCUUUUAUGGGCUUACGGAUAAAUCGACAUCUGACAAUGCUAGUCAUAAAAUCAAGGAUUGCAUUACUGAAGGCUCAACAGCAGAAUCAGAAAAGUCCCAAAGAUCUACAUAUCGUCCUCCUCACCUCCGUAAGAGAGAGGUAGGAUUGCAGUCAGUAUCAGAAGAGCCGCCUGGUAUUGGUAUGACAUCAUCUGAAUCAGAGCAUAGUGAUAGUGAUGGGUCACUAAAGGAUGUGGACCACUUUCGGUGUUCCAAGGCUCGAGUAGCUGCUAUAAUAUGUAUACAGGAUCUCUAUCUGGUGGAUCCUAAAACAUUUCAUUCGCAGUUGACAUUGAUUUUGCCCACCACUGAUGUCCUUCAACCUCGGAAUUAUCAGGGAAAUUUAAUGACUUGCUUGCUAUAUGAUCCUGUGUUGAAGACAAGGUUGGCAGCAGCUGCCACAUUGGCUGCAAUAUUGGGUGGGCCUUCUCCUGUCUACCUGCAAGUAGCUGAAUACAAGGAGUCCACUAAAUGUGGUUCAUUUACCUCACUUUCCAGCGCUCUUGGUCAAACACUGAUGCAACUUCAUUCAGGUCUUCUAUACUUAAUUCAACGUGAAAGUCAUAGCGGGUUGCUGACAUCCUUGUUUAAAGCUCUCACUCUUUUGAUUUCUGCUACUCCAUAUUCUCGCAUGCCUGAAAAGCUACUUCCUGCUGUUAUUUUGUCCUUGCAAACAAGAUCAACGGAGUUCUUUGAUGCUGUAACUGAUCAGAGUUGUUUGGCGGCCUCCGCUGUCAGUUGCUUGGGGGCAGCUCUUUCUAGCUCUCCUCCAUCCUCACAAGUUGCAGAAAUGCUCAAAGAAGAGAUAUCAACAGGUAUUGGUAGGAAUCAUGUGAAAUUAGGUCUAAUUGCAACCUUGCUUUUAUAUUCACGAGGAACACAACAUCCUAGCUUAUGCUCUGAGGCUCUCCAGGUUCUUAGAGCUGUAAUACACAACUAUCCCGAAGUAAUGUCUGCUUGUUGGGAGCGAGUGUCUUGUAUUGUUUAUGAAUUGCUAAAAUUAUCAAGCUCAGGUGGUACAAGCUAUGAAAUUCUGCUGAAGCCAUGUAAAGGGGAUUCUGGUACAGAAAGAUUUGUUGUGGCAGCCAUAAAGGCAUUGGAUGAAUUGCUUAGAGCGGUAUCUGGAUUCAAAGGCUUGGAUGAUAUCAUCGAUGACAGACCAAUGGAUUCUCUCUUUGUUUCCAAGAUUCCAAGAAAAAGCACAGUAUAUUCAGCUCCUUUGUUAGGUGUAAUAGAUGGCAAGGAAGUCUUUAAAGCAAGUUCAAUUUCUGAUACACCAGGAAGCAAAGAGUGGAAUGAAGUGAUUGAGAAGCAUCUCCCCAUGUGUCUGUUAAAUGUUGCUCCAAUGAUACGAUCUGCUGCAAUAAUUUGUUUUGCUGGCUUAACAUCCUCUGUAUUUUUCUCCCUCUCCAAGGACAAACAGGAUUUUGUGCUUUCUUCUGUUGUUAAGGCAGCCUUGUUUGAUGAGAUUGCAGCGGUUAAUGCAGCAUCAUGUCGAGCAAUAGGUGUUAUAUCAUGUUUUCCUGAAAUACCACACAGUGCGGAGAUUAUGGAUCAGCUUAUCCAUGCUAUUGAGGUUAACACUCACAAUGCAUUAGUUUCGGUGCGGAUCGCUGCCUCUUGGGCUUUGGCAAACAUUUGUGAUUCUCUUCGCUAUAGUGCUAGCAAUCUGCAGUCAGGGAAGUGUUCAUCAGGUCCAAAUACGAACCAUCACCGUGCAUCUGUUUUAGCUGAAUGUGCUUUGCGGUUGACAAAGGAUGGGGACAAGAUGAGGGCAAAUGCCGUAAGGGCUCUUGGCAAUCUCUCGAGAUUCGUUUGCUUCUCAAGCUGUUCCCAUUGGUUGGAAAGAAUGGUGCAAGCAUUUGUAUCUUGCGUUACAACAGGAAAUGCCAAGGUCCAGUGGAAUGUUUGUCAUGCUUUGGGCAACCUUUUCUUGAAUGAUACCAUUAGGCUACAACAUAUGGCUUGGAGUUCUUCAGUUUAUAGUAUUCUUCUGCUGCUUCUACGUGAUUCGACCAAUUUCAAGAUCCGUAUACAUGCUGCUGCAGCAUUAGCAGUUCCAGGAAACAGGCAUGACUAUGGGAAUUCAUUUUCCGAUGUUCUUCAAGGCUUGGAGCAUGUAUUGGAAUCACUUGGGUCAGAUCAAGGUGUUAUGCCUUCUAGUUUCCAGUAUAAGAAGACUCUUGAAGAACAGUUGAGUUCAACGACCUUGCACGUUCUCAGCCUUGCUUCUUCUGAAGAUUACCGGUCUUUAAAAGACUUCCUCAUCAAAAAAACUUCAUUUUUUGAAGUCUGGCUCAAGUCAACAUGCUCUUCAAUAGAACAAACUCAGGCUGAUCCUCCCUCAGAAGAUACUGCAACCAAUUUUGAGAGAGAUGAAUCUGUUUCCUCUGUGGAUGAGUUAUAUAAGCAGAGGAAGGCUUUGAUAUCUGAUGCCAUAAAAUCUUUAAUUGAACUCUAUAAGAGCAACAACCACCAUAACAUAGCUAGGAAGUUUGAGAAAUUGGAGGGUCAUUUAUCAUAGAAGAGAGUGAGUAUUUAUUGUGAGGUAAAUAAAAUGCCAUAUCUAAAUAUGGAUUUGAGAGAGAGUAUUUAUUGUGAGAUUCCUAUCAUUGUAAACGGAACGCUGAGAUAGAGAGAGAGGAGAGAAAGAGGGAGUAUUUUGGUGGUUCAAAUGAUUUCUUGAGAUAAAUGACCUCCACCUCGAAGGGUUGAUGAAAAAAUCGACUCUUCUAACUGAGAAAGAGAUCAUUAGAAUCUAUUAAACCCAGAUCUUUAGAUGUUACAUUUACCACCAUUUUCCUUGGAGGCUCCUACCAUUGUAAAUGAAAUGCCAUUUCUAA